AUGGAUCACAUGCCAGAAACCUGGGGCCGUCCCCGUAACGACGUCUACCCCUCCUUCUCCGAACUCUCCCUCUUCCCUCAGCACACAAACCCAACCCACCACUCACACGCCGCCCCCUCCGGCCCCACGACUCAUACCCAACAACCAAUCGUCACCGGAACCUCCGUGAUUGGGUUGAAAUUCAAGGAUGGCGUCAUGAUCGCCACGGACAAGUUGGCGAGUUACGGUAGUUUGGCACGGUUUAAGGAUGUGGAGAGGGUGUUGAAGGUUGGGGAGUAUACCGCUGUUGGCGCUGGUGGGGAUGUCAGUGAUUAUCAGCAUAUUCAGACUGUGCUGGAUAACUUGCUUAUCCACGAAGAGGAACAAGAAGAUGGUCACCACCUCACCCCCACACACAUCCACACCUACCUCUCACGUCUCAUGUACGCCCGCCGCACAAAGAUGAACCCAUUGUGGAACGCGCUCUUGGUGGGCGGGUACAACACCUCCACAACCGCAAUCUCCCACUCCCCAACCCUCCUCCGCAACCUUUCCUCCCCCGACACCCACGACCCCCGCUUCCUCGCUUACGUCGACCUCCUCGGCACCACCUACUCCGCUCCCUCCCUCGCGACCGGUUUUGGCGCACAUUUAGCGAUCCCACUCCUCCGUAACGCGGUCGACGGAAAAGAAGAUACCUUGACGGAGGAAGAAGCGAGGAAGGUUGUGGCGGAGUGUAUGAAGGUGUUGUAUUAUCGUGAUGCGAGGAGUAUUGAUGUUUAUGAUUUGGCGGUGUGUACGGAGAGUGGGGUUAAGGUUGAGAAGGAGAUUAGGGUGGAGAGCCUGCGAAUUCACACCGCAACAAGACGAACCGACCUGGCAGAACUAGACGUCCUUAGAUGCCAUAAUAACGAGAAUCCUUUCGUGAUCUCAUGCACCCUGUCUCGAGAGCUUCUCGUUAUUCACGUGCCCGGCCUCCAAAGUCUCCAAAAUCCCGACAUUCGGCAACCUCAUCGAUCUCCUACUGAUCUCCACACCUCGAAGACAAUGGAGGAUGAUGCGCCAAUUACGGCGGUCGCGUCGUGGGAGUGGAUCACUGAUGAACGCGUUGCGCAAUGGGAUGUCACUGGCAGGGAUGAGGUGAUCACAGGUGGAGCUGAAAUGGAAGCGGGCUCGUUACGGCUUACGGGCGCCGUGAGAGAGAUCAUCGAAUCCGGCGUCAUUCACACUCGACUAUCGGCACAAGCAGCAGCAACGACUCUCUCCGCCCUCGGCUCCUCAAAAGUCAGGGAGUUAAUACUGGAUAUUGCAUGGCUCCUCGACACAGACGAACUACCAGACUCCAACAUUGAGGCACGAGAAAGGUUGCUGUCGCUACUUCGAGCAUGCGCAGAAACCGGGAUAUGGGCAUCGACGCCGACGCUGCCACAUGAAUAUCUCAGCGUCCCACUCUUGUCGAAACUCGGAUGGCUGAACACUCCAGCCCCCAUCUUUGAGAAGAAGGUCGUAAGGGCGAACACGUCCGCACUCUACAAACAACAAAAAUACAACCUCCUACGUGAAGAGAACGAGGGCUUCUCCAAGCUUUUGACCAUCCUCCUGGACUCCUCCAAAGAUAAACGCGAUGCAGGAAGCGGAAGUGCAAAGGAGAAAAUGAAUGAGGUUAAGGCGGUGAUCGGAUACUUCAACCUCGACCCAAAUAGGGUAUUGGACGUCAUUGUAGAUGUGGGUGUCGAGGCCUGCGCGGAUCGAUAUCAGUAUUUCCUUGAUUUGCUACGGGAGUCGCCGUGGUGGCCCUCCUCCUCUCGCAGAGAUUCUCCACUGCUGUGGGAGGAGAAGAGCGCAGAGGAGAAGAAGGCGUUCUUGGCGGAACUGGCUGCUGAUCCAGGAGUGUUGGCGAGGGAUGCACUGCAUUCACACGACGGAAACUCACUCGCAGCCCAACUCCUCGGCUUCAAAUUCCGCUACUACCAACCCUCCACCAUCUCCCCUCAGCCAGAACCAACACCCGAAUCCCUCUACAUGUUCACCGCGCUUCUAAUCAAGGAAGGGUUUGUGUCGUUGACAGCGUUGUGGCCGUAUUUGAGUACGACGGAUGAGGAACUACAGAAGGAGGAGGGGAAGUGGAAGGCGGAGAUGGGGGAUAAGGCACUGGCUGCUAAGGGGAAUGCGUUGGCGAUGGCUGGUGGACUAGGCGAGGAGCCUGCCGGAGGCUCAGCUCCAACACGUACGACUAAAGAUGGGGAUGAUGUGGAGAUGGAGGAUGAGCAGGUUGGGAGUGCGGAGGAGGUGGUACCGAUGGCCGAGCCUCCGCAACAGAAAAUUGCGUUGUUGAAGGCGUUGUUGGCUGUCGGUGCGUUAAGCCAAGCAAUGUACGUGUUGGGCCGGUUCCCAUUCUUGACUGCGACACAUCCCGAGAUUGCGGAUGGUGUGAUGAGGUUGGUGGAUUGGAUGAUUGAACCCUUAUAUUCUCCCCUUUCCGUCAAAUCUCAACUUGGGUUCGACGUAACGGCUGGAGAAGCCGACGAAAGGGAGGUGAAGAGGGUGUUUGAAUCAACGCCGGGACGAGGGACGCCGAGGCAGAAGCUAGUGUUCUUUUAUGAAGAGUGGAGGCGGGGGGUGUUUCAAAUUGAGACGGGUGAGGAGUUCCUCAGCGUUGUUAUCCCACUCCUCCGAGUCGUCGGCAUCAGAAUCUACCGUGAUGUUAAGCUCAUCGUCAAGAUUUGCCGAAUUGGAUGCCAUAUGUUGGCUGAGUCAAGUAAGCCGACUGAGGUGGUGAGGAAGAAGUGGCUGGAUAUCGCGCGGCAGUUCUUGAUUCCGUCAGUGAGUUUGAUGGAACUGAAUCCGGGGGCUGUGGAUGCGAUUUGGGAUGUAAUUAAAGUAUACAGAUACGAGGAGAGGUUCGCGUUGUAUGGGGAGUGGCAGACCUUGAUGUACAAGCGGCACCCCGAGUUAAAGCUGCAGCUGGUUCUGUCGGAGAAGGAGACGAAGGGGAUUAUGCGCCGUAUCGGUAAGGGACGCGAGAAGCUUUUCGGAAGGGUACUCGCGAAGGCGGCGCAGUCCAAUCCGUGUGUUGUGUUCUCGGUUGCUCUGACCCAGGUCGAGGCGUAUUCGAAUAUCGGUGAAGUUGUUGUCGAGUGUGCACGCUACAUCACCCUCUUCGGAUUCGACGUCCUCACCUACGUCAUGCUCACAAAUCUCUCAAACGACAAACGCUCUCGUCUCAAGAACGACGGUACAUCUCUCGGAGCAUGGCUCCAAUCCCUCUCAGCAUUCUGUGCGAGUAUGUUUAAGAAGUAUCCGUAUAUGGACACUACCCCGCUCCUGACGUAUGUCGCGAUGCAGUUGAAGCAGCAGCAAGGGUUUGAUUUGGUCAUUAUCAGUGAGUUGGUUAGUCAGAUGGGCGGAAUUGAGAGGAUUUUGGAUUUUAACAGGGAGCAGUUGGAGAGUUUGUCUGGUGGAGCAAUUUUACGACAAGACGCAUCAGGUUUAACGAACGAGAAGAAGAAGGCCACGUUCAGGGAUGCGUCACGCUUGCUUCGGCAUCUCGAGAAUUCUGGGCUGGUGGGACCGUUGACUGUGUUGAUUGCGCAGCAGCGUGCGGUAUCGGUGUAUUCCAUGCGAGAACAGGAUUCGAUCGUGAAGCUGUUAGCGACGUUGUUUGAUGAGAGUCAUGCGAUCUUUUUGCAAUAUACGGAAUUUUUGAUUGCGUAUGCGGAGAAGGAUCUGAAGAGGUAUGCGACGAGUACGCAUUCGUUGGAGGAGUAUGUGGUGAAAUUGGGGUUGGAGCCUGUUGUUGCGUUUCAUGUUUGUCGGCCGUUGAUUCGGGCUGCGAUCAGGCACUAUGAUUCGGAUGAGGAGACGAUGAAGAAGCAGGGCGCCAAGAUGGAAGGCGAUAAUGAUGUCGAGAUGUCUGAUGCACCUGCCGAUGGCGGGAAGAAAUCAGUUGAGGAAACUGCUGCCGCUGCCGAGCAGCAAGUUUGGCAUCCGGCAUUGACGACGAUUCACAAGACAGUGAAGGAGUUCCUUCCGGUUGAGACGUGGGAGUACAUGACGGAACAGUUCUAUGCCACGUUCUGGCAACUUGAGCUUUACGACAUCCAUGUUCCCGUGGCUCGAUACCAGGACCGCAAGUUCAAGCUUGCGAAUCGCAUUCGGGAGAUUGAUUCGGAUCGCUCAGAUAUGUCCGCGGCGGCUGUUCGUGCUCGCAAGCAGCGCAAGCAGGUUCUCAUGGAUGAGGAUUCUCAGUUAUCAGCUGAAGUCACUGCUCAGCUUACAGCUUACGAACGUACGAUGAACCGCCUGAAGAAGGAAAAGGAUCAUUGGUUUGCGCAAAAAAUCCACCAGAAGGUCCGGAAGGGUAUCAUCACCAACUUUUUGCAGCACUGUAUUCAUCCACGUGUGAAAUUCAGUGCGGCAGAUGCAGUGUUCAGUGCAAGGAUGAUCAGGCAGAUGCAUACCAUCGGUACGCCGAACUUCUCGACUCUUACGAUGUACGAUACGAUCUUCAGUGAUGAGUUGGCGCCGACCAUUUUCAUCUGUACACCAACAGAGGCAGAGAACUAUGGUCGUUUCUUGGCCGAGAUCUUAAAGGAUCUUACGGCUUGGCACCGUGACGCAGCGUUGUAUAACCGCGAAGGGCGCGGCAGGAACCUUCCCGGCUUCCAGAAGAGGUGGCAGCCUAAGCCCAUCGAAGAGGACUUCAUCGACUGGGAGGACUUCCGAAAAUGUCUGUACAAGUGGCACCAGGCCAUUCAGAGAGCGGUCAAGAUCUGUCUCGAUUCCAAGGAUCACAUGCACAUCAGUAACUGUCUUAUGAUCUUGGAGAAGAUUCAAGACUUCUUCCCGACUGUCACCUGGAUGGGUAAGGCACUCAAAGAGAGGAUCAAGGGCUUGAUGGACAAAGAAACCCGUAGCGACCUCCAGAUUCGUUCGAUGGCUUACAAUGGUAUUCUUACGAAGCUUGAGCCGAAGCUAAUGACGCUCGACAAUUUCGUGCAGAGGAACAACCAGGCUGCAUCUCAGACUCCGGCCCAAACCCCGGCUAACGGAGAGAAGAAGGACACCGAACAGAAGACUGGCACGCCCUUAAACCCGUCUGCGCCUUCGUUUCAGCCUGGCAGCGCACCGACCGGCCCAGCCAGCACUGCUUCAAAGCCCCGAGCGCCGUUGGCACCACAAUCUGCUGCCGCUGAAUCUGCACUGGCACCUCCUCGCCAGGACACAAGGCCGCCCCGGCGCGAUCCUGAUCGUCGGCCGGAUAACAGAGCCCAAGUACCACCAGCAGGGCCUGAGCUCGGAACUGUUCAACGACAGGAGAGGGCAGGAAAUGUUCCUGACAACAGGUCGCAGGUGCGGGAGUCAAGAGGGGACCGCGACCCGAGGCAGGAGAGGGAGCGAGAGCGUGCCGCUGAUCGCCGCAUACCACGAGUGCGCGACAUUGCUUCAGGCACUUCAACGCCCCGUUCAAGCCAGCAAGAGGCUCGCGAUGACGCAAGCCGCCCCUCAAGUCGCACGGGGACCCGCAGUGAGCGUGGUCAGCAUACAACUGCUUCGGGACCAUCCGAAAACCGUCGUCCUAACGAUGCCCGACAUGCCAGACCUGCGGAAGACGAGCCUCUCAGAAGAGAUGGCUCAGAUCGCUCGAAGCGAGAGGAUACCGGAGUCCGAACUGCGGAUGCCCGUCCUCGCCGUGAUGAACAAACGCGUCGUCAUCCAGCGGAAGCUUUACGCGAUGCCGCAGGUGAAGGGAGGAACUCACCGCGCAACGCAAAUGCCCAACAACGGCCUGAUGCCCCCAUCAACCGAGGAGGCCAGCGCGGUGGUCAAAAUGACGGUCGUCUUGAGCGCAUGCCUGCAUCUGGUCCACCUGCUCGCAAUCGACCUGAGCUAACAUCCGCACCUGGUGCCCCGCCGGCUGCUGAUCCACCGGUGCAUCCUAGUCGUGCUGUAGCUCUGGAUCUGCCAGCCGCGGGUCCGAACCAAGCUGCCGCGGCGCCUUCCGGUCCUCAACCUGGUGUUGUUGGUGGUCGACGCGCACCACUACCACCUCAGACCUUCCCAGCCAAUCAAAACCAGAACCAGCGCAAUCCUGGCCCACGUGGAGGCAAUGCUUCGCCGUCUCAGGAAGGACCGAUCUUCCCCAACCGCGGUGGUCCUCGAGGAAAUCAGGGUCAGAGUGGUGCGAUGCCUGCGCCGGAACUGGUUGUUCACCCCAGUCGUCGUCAAAGUCUUGGUGAGCGCAGCGGAUUCCAGGGUGGGAUGCAGCAGAUGCAGCCCUCGCCUACGGGAGGACAUGCCGUGCACCCGGACAGGCUACAGGGACCAAGCCCUAACGGUCCUAUGCAAUCACCUGGAGGUAAUCCACCCUUCAACGCUGAGCGCAGAGGAGGCCACAUGAUAGGUACUGGGCCCGGCGUGCAACAGCAAGGCCGUGGUGGUCCUAUGAACGGUGGUGGACCAAUGGGACCCGGUGGUAAUCAGGGUCUUAACCAGAGACCAUCACGGGAAGACCUCAGGCAUGGACGGUUGAAUCAGCCGAUGCACGAAGCUCCUGCUCAAGGAUUCCCCCGUGGAGGAGGCGGACCCGGCGGUAGGAUGAACCAAGGGAUGAACAUGAACUCAGGUCCACCGCCUCCGCCGCCCGGUGGUCCAGAUGAGCCUGGACAUGGUAGAGGACGCGGUGGUCAUGGUGGAAGGGGAGGCGGUAUGGGUGGACGGAGGGACGACAUGAGACGAAACGAUGGUCCUGGAGCUGGUGCUGGUGCUGGUCCUGGAGGUAUGAGCGGUGGUCCUGGUGGUCCCCCCGGCGAUGGUGGACGCCGUGGAGGCCGCGGUGGUGGUGAUGAUAGGCGUGACGGACCUGGACCCGGACCUGGACCCGGACCCGGACACGAACGGGGUGAGAAGCGUGACAGAGAAGGCGGUAACAACGAUAGCCGGAAUUUGCGCGGGAAUGGAAAUGGAAGCAGUGGACCUGGUCCUCAAGCACCGAGCACUGAUAGUCAAGGUUCCAACGGUGGCGGACGGGAUUCGAAGAGGCGGCGGACGCGGAAUUAG